AGCAGUCGCAUUGGUCGCGAACAUCGUUACGGACUAACGCAUACGAACUAGCUGCACAUUAGUUGCUUACAUUCAUUCGUUUAUACCCAAAAAAUGUAUAACCGGGCCAAAACGCAACUCUAAACUUUUAUGUUUGUCUAUUCGGCCCUAGGUUUUGGAGGUGCUUGGAGCUUGCACUAAAAUUCGCGGUGCAUUGCUAUUAAAAAAAAGCAAGAAAUUCAUUUUAAAAAAAUACGACAAAAAUUUUAUUCAACACAAAAUUGCAUUUCAAACUAACAACCAACCAGAAAAUACUAUAAAAAAAAAUAUUUUUCGAAAUAAAAAAAAAGUUUUUCAAAAUAAAAUCAUCAAAACAUAACAUGCAAACGAGCUCAGCGGAAUAAAAAAAAUUAAAACAUAAAAAUUCAUCAACAUCGAAUGCAUUCAAUUGCAUUAUCGAAUUUUUUUUGGCAAGAAAUUUGUGCAUUUCGGAAAAUCAACGCAACAACAAUAACAACAACAAAAAAUGGGAUUCAACGAACAAAUUAAUUUGAAUAAAGACACAAUUGUCCAUUGAGUGAAAGUGAUUUGGCUACUUUUCCGAAAAGAAAGAAAACAAAAAAACCGAUAUUUUAUUUCAAAAACAGUGUGUCAGUCAAGGAAUCGGAAAUCAAGUUCGAAGUUUCGUAAUAUAUUUGUUUUUUUUUCUGCGCUCAAUUCGAUUGGAAUAUUUGAAGUACGCGCGCGGAAAUAUACACAUUGUGUGAACAUUGAGGAGGAAUCAACGUGGAUAUUGUGCGUGCCACUACUGCACAACGAACACGAAGCCGAGUUGUGAAUUUAUCCGAUUUUAUUGGCGACAAUCAGUGUGACGCCAAUAUUAUUUAUUGGAAAAUAAUUGAUGAUCAGCCGAUGAAAAUGAUUUAGAAAGGCGGCAAAACAGAAUUAUUUCGAAAACAAACUCUAACCCAUUUUUUGACGAUAAGAAAAGAAGGAAGCGUGUUUACUUUCGAAUUUUUUUUUUUUGAAGUUAUUUUGUUUCAAUAAUUUUUUGUUUUAAACUGAAAGAAAAUUUGGUUGUGUUUGCACCAAAAGAGAGCAAAAGAAAAAAAUACAAAUGGUUUAAGUUGGUGUGAAAUCGAACUGGAAAUAAAACGAUCGGAAAACUUUGGAAGCAAAAUUGAAUGUUUUGAAAUACACAGAAAAAAAGUGCAUCAAAAUACACAGUUUGGACAUUAAAAAAACGUUUUUUUUCGGAUUUCAAACGAAUAUACACACACACAAAAAAGAGGAUACAAUUUUCCGACCUGAUCGUUCAUUUGGAAAUUAAAUCAUUGUUUUCGGCUUUCGCAUUUAUUUUCUCGCACGGAAGCGCAUUUAUUCCAUCAACUCAACGCAAAUCGUCCAUCAACUUUUCAUUUUAAGGAAAUUACUACGCAAUUUGAAAGUUUGACAAUAUGGAUCCACAGCAGCAGUUUUGUUUGAAAUGGAAUAGUUAUUCGUCCAAUUUGGCGAUGACUUUCUCAAAUCUCUUCAAAUCAGAUCUAUUGGCUGAUGUUACGCUUUAUUGUGGUGGUACCGUAUUCAAGGCACACAAACUCAUACUGGCAGCAUGUUCAAAGAACUUUGCGGAUUUGUUUGAAUCGGCACCACCAAGUUCAUCGUGUGUUGUUAUUUUAGAGGCAACAUCGGCUGAAAAUAUGUCGGCAUUGCUCGAAUUUAUGUACAAGGGUGAGGUGCAUGUGUCACAAGAGGCAUUGAACAGCUUUUUAAAAGCAGCUGAAAACCUUCAGGUUAAAGGUUUGUCAACUGAACAUGGACGUUUGGCUGCAGCGCAAUCACAGUCACAUGAACAAAGGCCCCAAAGAAACAGUUCGUCAGCAACAUCACCAUCCGCAUUGCCGUUAAACUCGAUGAAACAAGAAUGUGAUUCGUUAAUGAACCCAAGUAGUUCGGGAUUGAGCGGCGGUUUUGCACCAUACAUACCGCAAAUGUAUCGGCCGUUUGAUGCAACACGCGGCAAAGAACGACAAAGUGUACUACGCGAUGGAUCACGAGGCAGCGCCGAAAAUUCCGGUUCAUCUAAACGAGUUCGACCAUCAAGCAGCGCCUCAUCAACAGCCCCAACGGAAGCAGACACUUUGCAAAAUGAGCGCACAUCACCUCAAUCCAGCAGAUAUGAUAAUCACAGCCCCCCAAGUACAACAGCACGAAAUGGAUCAACGGACAACCAAGACGAACGAAAUGGAUCAAAAAGCGGACAAGAUCAGGAUGACGACAUAAAAACGGAAAACGACGCUGGCGCCGAGGAUCUACGAAUCAAGUUGGAAGCUGAUUAUUCUCCGCAACCGCCAACAUCAAAUACGACACCAUCAACACCGACAUCAUUGGUCAGCUAUAUGGAAACCAAGGACGGUUUGCCACCAACUUUGGCGCAAAUUGCACCGGCCGAUAUGCUCAAUGUAUGGAAUGCGACAAAACUAAGCAGCAAAAGUGGAACUGUCAACACAGCUGACGGAAAAAAAUUGAAGUGCCUAUACUGCGACCGAUUGUACGGCUACGAAACCAAUCUGCGUGCACAUAUUCGACAACGUCAUCAAGGUAUACGUGUGCCAUGCCCGUUCUGUUCGAGAACAUUCACGCGAAAUAACACGGUCCGGCGGCAUAUAGCUCGUGAGCACAAGCACGAAAUUGCUAUAAAUCAAAUUCAAUCGGCACAACCAAAUCAUGCCGCAUAAGCCGGUUUGGCGCACCAUGGCAUUUGCACAUAAAUACGAUCCAAACGAAAACAAAAUAAAAAAGAGAAAAACAAAUGAAAUGAAAAACAUCUUCACCUCGUCUAUUCCCCAUUUUCUGAAAGUCUGAACGGAUGAAGCAAUUUACACAAUUUGUAACAAUUACGAGACCAAAAAAACACACAAAACAAACACACUAAAUGGAGACAUGUGAACGAGAAGCAAUAUACGAAACCCAGUGAAAGCCGAUCGAAUUUGUGUUUAUGCAUAUUUCGUAGAAUAAGAAUCGCAUUUGCGAUUCGAUCGGGGAAAAAAAAUGAACAACAGAAAACUAUUGUUAUUCACAAAGUUACAUACCAUUUUCUCGUAUUUUUUGCUUCAACAAUCAAUUCAACAACAACAACAAAAUAGAAUAAUAGUAUUUUAUUGAAAACUACAGUUUAUAUACAGAGACAUUUUUAUUGCAUUUAAAACCGAAAGAGAGAGAAAAACAAAUUGCAAAACAAGAAAAUAGUAAUCUUUUUUUACUAUCAUAAGUUGCAAAUAUAUAUUCAAUCAAUUGAAAAAAAGAAACUAAUAGAAGAAAUCCGUUAACAUAUUUUUACACCAACAAUAGUCAUACGCAAACGUAACAAAGUGGUUUUUGUUUUACAACAAAUUAUUAAUAUGAUAGCUGAUACAGAUUUAUAGGAAGAGAGAAUCAAUUUAUUUAUAUUUCGUUUUAACAAAACUUCUUUUUUUUCUACAUGAAUACAAACAAAAUAGCCUUGAUAUUAUUCAAAUAGCGUUCGACAUUCGGGAUAUGCAUUCGUCGAAUGGUCAUUUGAAUAGUGACGAAGAAGAAAAAAAAUAACCAGAUAUUUACAUAUUUUUACCGCUCACUGUAAUAGUUCAUUGCGAAUUGUCAGCUGAAUUAAGCCGACAUACAUAUUUCGAGAUUUGAUGAGAGAGUGAAGAGAAAAUUCGGCAUUUCUUCAGAAAGCACUUUCAACCACACCGAAUCAAUUCCGUUUUUACAUUAAUGAAGAAUAAUUAAAUCUUUUUACCCAAGAAACACACAUACAUACAUAGAAAGCAACGCAUAAUUGAGAAAAUACAUGGCAUUCACAACAUUCGAUGUGAUGACCAUAUAUGUUUUCUUCGGUGCUUUUUUAAGCGUUUAUUUUUUAAAUGAACAGACCGAGAUAUUGUUUUUUGUCAAAUUCUUUUUCCCGCACGACGAUUCUUUCAAUAGCCCCACAUAAACUACUGUCUAUUAUAUAUUUAUAACCAAUAAGUAUUACCGUUUUAUUACCAUAGACCAUUUUAUUUACCCAUCAAAUAGAUCUAUACACCUGUUUGUUAGUUGAAACUUAAACACUUGCAAACCGAAUUCACAUUUCUUCUUGAUUUUUCUGUUAUGCCCCAAUUGAUAAUGAGCAAAAGAAAAUUCAUCUCGAUGAUGGAAAAAGAUUCCACCAUGAUUUUGCUCCCAGCUUAAGAAGAAAAUACCGACAUUUUCUUUGGAAAAUGCCGCCACAUACACAGAGCAACACGUAAUUUAAAUAAACAACUCAAGUACCUGCCGUUAAUACAUAAAGAAAGCAAAUAAUAUAGAAUUAUUAAUAGACAUAGACAAUAGAAACAUAAUUGGAGAGCAUGCGAAAGCACAUACACAUACAACGUUUGUAAUUAGUUUGGUUUCUUCGAUUGGCGCGAGUGAGAUAUAGAUAAAGUUCAGUAACAUCAAUGUUGUUAGUGAGCAAAUAAUCUGCUGGAAAAACUUAACGAUUUCAUGACAUCAAUCGAAUUGACAUACAGCGUUAACGCUGAUAUUGUGCGACCGAAUUUGCGAGAGUGUCAUGCCAUUCACCACGCACACGUGGAAGCACGCAAAAAGUAAACACACAUUUUUGCGCAACGUAGAAGUAAAAAACAAUAACAAAUUCGCUAUCGCGAAUUUAAACAUUUUCGAAACAGUUACCAAGUUACAAUUCACACACAAACUCAAUUUCAAUUCUAAAUAAGAUAGUAGUUUUGACACAAGUUGUCGGUGAUAUAUAAACAAGCUUACAAUUUUUAUCUGUAAAUAAUCUUUUGUUUUUUUUUCUUUAUCUCAAAGCCCAGCUGCUUCAUCAUUUAUUAUUUUCUUCGUUCUAUUUUUUUCUCUUCUACGGCACCAUUUUUUCUCCUUUCGUUGUUGGCCCCUACGUGUUAUUUUUAUUUUACAGACACAGAGAAUUACCGUUAUUUACACAUAAAGAUAGUGAGAAAGAGAAAUACUACUAAAAAAUAGAAUGCAGACGUUACAAUUAAAAAACAAGACAAACAUUCGAAACUGGAAUAAAUGUGACGUACACAAAACACUCGCAACUAAUGGCAAGUGAAUUUGCUAUUAGAUCAAAUAGAAAUGAAAAAAAAGAAGAAAUAUGUAAAAUCAGUGCCUGAGAACUAAUCAGUGAUUUUAAUAAAAACGAAAUACACAAACGGAAUUUAUAUGUGGGCAAAAUGCUUUCUGAAAAUGUAUGACCGAAUCGAAAAUGGAAUCUCAAAAUAUGCGCUUGAUGCUGCAACACAUGCAAUACAAAUCAAACAAUAAUAACAACAACAACAACCCAUAACAGCCACAAAAAAAAACGAAAUGUAAAUAAUUCAAAUUCAUACACACAAAGUGUCAAGAAUGAUGUUCACAUGAGGAAAGGCAAGGAGGAGUAGGAGGAGGAGGAGAGAUUGAAAGAACUCAAAAUCAUACGUUUGGACCGAAAUUUUUGAAGAAAUGAUUUGAUUGAAACAAAAAAAAAAAGAUUACUUAGGCAAGGUGUAAAAAAGUACCACUUUAGAGAAUAAUAUCCAUCGAUUGGAUAGCCCAAAAAUAAGAACAUAAAACAAAAAUGUGUGUAAAUGUUUAAACAAAAAAAAUCUAAUAAUCGUCGACAAGUGAGAGAAAAAGGAAAAGGAAAAAAGAACACUCGUAAAACGAAACAAAAUAAUUAGCUGUUAUGGAUAUGAAUUUUGAAUGAGAAACAGAAGAAGAAGGAAAAACGACGGAAACAAAGUUACCGAUGAAAAGAAAAACAAAUGGAAAGCGACAGGAUGAUAAAAUAAAAUGCUUGAGAAUCCAAGUGAAUUUACCAACGUUAACCAUUUUAUUUAUAUUUUAAGAGCGAAUGAGAGAGAAAGGGAGUAAGUGAGACACUACACGUCUCUAUACCAAUCUCUCUCUCUCUCAUCAAGAUAUUAAACCAACCAAGCAGUGACCAUGCGCCACCCAAUAAUAUUAUUAUUUUAUUUUUUUGUCUAAUUUUACGUUUUUACCGAAUUUACGUUUAUUAUUUUUCGUUUUUGUUUGAUUUUAAAUCAACUAAUUUUUGUAAUAGCAGAAAUUGGCAAUCAAAUUGCAAUUUCUUGCCCAUGUCCCCCUCAAAACUUUGCAAAUCGCUUUUUGUGUAUAACAUGAAUACGUUAUUAUAUUUCUUUUUUUUAGACAGAUUUUAUUUCUAAUUAUUAGUGAAUUUUUUUAAAAAUGUGUACAUAAAAUAAUGGAAACAAUUUCAUUUUGUAAUCUAAACACAUACACACCAAUUGCUUCCUUGAUACUUUGGUACUCUUGAGAGCUUGAGCUAAACACUAACUGGCCAAUUUUACAUUAAAUUUCUAUCCGUUUUUCUUUGAGUUUUGAAACAUUGUUAUGAAAACGAAAGAGAAUGAUUGUUUUUUCAAAUUUUAUUCUUCUUUCGAUUAGGCACAUUUAAAUCACAGGUUAAAUUUUAAUUUGUCCAAGAGAAAGCGUGAUAAAGCCUACAAUCUAUUAUUAUUUCUGACUUUGUUUUCAAACACAUUUCAAUUGAUUCUUUGUUUUGUUUUCCGUUCCGAUUUUCUUUUACUGUCCGUACACCAAAAAAAGAAAAUAACAAAAUAUCGGACACUCAGCCCAACUUUCAUACCAGUUGAUUAUCUGUGAUUUAUGAUCAAUAAGAAUGUUUAAAACAUCUUCUUCUUUAUUUUUCAUUUUUCUGUUAAUUUGUUCUAUUUUUUUUACUAUAAUUUUUUGUUUUUGUCUUCAUUUUAUGCUCCAUUUCGAUGAAGAUCAAUUGUGAUUUUGUACAUAGACAUCGACGCCCGAUUCGAAUGAGAGAAAUUCAAAUAGAAAGAAAAAUGAAUGAGAAGUGUAAUUCGAUAGAUAGUUACGAUCAAUAUUUUUUGUUUGGUUGGCGAUUCAGUUUUGCUGCUGUACAAUUUUUUUUUUCAAUGUUGGUUUUCGCCGGUAAAAAGAAAAUGGUUGCAAAAGGGAGAAAAUCGAGCAUAUGAUAAUAAAUCAAGAAAAUUCAGUUUUAACUGAGACAAUUUUUCUAAGAAGCUUGUUGAAAUCGGAGCAUUCUAAUGAAGAAGCUCGACAUGAACGCAUCAAAAUUUUUCUUUGGACGCUCCAAAAUUCGACACAGAAAAGAAGAGAAGAAUGGAAAACAAGUAUGAGCAAAUUUUCGAAUGAACUUUGAGAAUGGAAUGAAAUUAUGGAUGCAAAAUUGUAUGGCUUAUUCAAAAUGAAACAAAAAAACUAACCGCAAAAAACGUAUUUGGAAACAUGAAAACCAUCCGAAUUACAUUCGCUAUGUGGUAUCUACUCAAAUCAUGGGAAUCACAUGUCCGAAAAGAUGCAUAUUUUUUGUGUAUUCAACCCGCGAAGAAUUUUAAAUUUUUAACCAAACUGUACAUAAAAAAACAUAUUAAGAAGUUUGUUGUGAAAAUGUGAAUGUUUUGAGUUCGCAGAUUGACGUAAAUUAAAGAAAUGAAUGGAAAUUCGCUUGAAAAUGUAAACAAUAAUUUAAAUUGAAACGAAAAAUCGUAAAAUAUUUGGAGCUCUUUUGAAGAGGAUCCGCGCUCCAGUUACCAAUUCAGUUGUUGGGAAUGAUCAAAUCAUCGCUGAUCAACUAACGACAGAAAAUUUAACCAUUUAAUGAAAUAGAAAAAAAGAAGGAAUAUUAAGUAAGCAAAAGCCCACAAAAUAUCAAGGAAACAAAAAAGGAGUGAAACAGAAAAAAAUACACACAUUUUUCUUUUAUAUUGUUUCUAUGCCUAAGUUACCAUCUAAAAUAUCUUUUUUAUAACAUUUAAGUAAAGUGGUGGAAUCGAAACCAUGGAAUAACUUAAAAAACAACAACAAAUGGAACAUGAUUAGAAUUAUACGCCGCGAUACAAAAUGAUCCAUAAAACUGUAUGCAUUUAAAGAGAGAGAAAAACACAUGAAUCCAAAGCCACACAACACAUUACGAGUAAAAACCAAAAUGCAAAUUGAACAAUUUGUCAUUUCAACAGAUAUACCUCAAUUUUAGUUUUUUUUUGAUAAACUCCAAUUUUACAAUAAUGAAAUUCUUCUUAAUAAUUAUCGUAUAAUAAUUGAACAGACUGUAAACUGAAUACCUCAGAAUCGCGACUUCCCCGGGUUUUUUUUUCAGUUAGUAAAAAUAAAUAGUUUCAGGGAUUUCGAUCAUUCGGCUUCAAAUAGUGUUUCAUUGACAAGCAUUUUUGAGUAGACGCCAAUUUGUCUUGAAAUGUGCUCAUUUCACUGCAUUUUUUCUUUGUGAACAAUACACAAACUACUAAUUCAGGGAUUUUCGAUUCCGUCGCCCUCCUAUUCGUACCGAAAAUGAACAGAAAAUACGGCGCAUUUGAUUGGUUUCACACCCAUCAAAAAAAUAUAACAGCAUUAUUCAUGUUUAAGAGUUUAGGUAUUCCUGCAAACAAACAAAACAAAAAACUAAAUGUCGGUAUAAAUGUGUAUGUUUUAUAAAAGAAAUUAAUGUUUAAACUAAAAAAAAGGAAAUAAUAACACUCAACUCAGGGAUUUUUUUUUUAAAUUUGCCUAAUUUUAAAAAACGAAAUUGUGCAUAUUAUUCAUGUCGAUCAAUAAAUUCUUUAUACCCAGACAAUUAAACGUAAAUUUGUGGAAUGAUGAAAACACCAAAGCGCGCGCGUGAAACCAACACCCCUUUUUUGAAAAAAUAAUAUCAAACUCAAAUUCUUUCUCAGGUCAAAAAUAAAUGCAACAACAAAAACAUAUGCAAGUCGAAAAAAUAAACAUUUUUUUAAAAAAAGGGUGAAAAAAACCAUUACCAUUUUCAUUGUUGUGCAAAAAACAUCGUUAUUUUAUAUAAGGCAAUGACAACAUAUUAAAUCGUCUGAGCACAUUUACGACAAAGCAAAAUUUCAAAAGUAACCACUUUUUCGACAUAAUCUAAAAGAAAACAUAAAAAAAUUCGUAAUUUAUGUGUAUUGUAUACAAGAAUUAAAAACAACAAAAAAAUAAAAAAUAAAUUAAAAUGUAAACCUACCUUUAAACAAAAAAAAAA